GGUUUUGAGACUGGCCUGCUGAAAAUUAUGGAUAAGAAUAUUAUCACUGACAAUGACAACUAUCCGGUGGGAUUUGUGACCUUCAGAAGCAGAACAGCAGCAGAAAUGGCAAUGCAGGACUUACAGGGUGUACGAUUUGACCCAGAUCUGCCGCAGACAUUGAGAUUAGAGUUCGCAAAGUCCAACACUAAAGUCACUAAGCCUAAGCAAGCGUCCUCUCAACCUGUAACGUCCAACUCUGCAGGAUUUAUACAUCCGAUAACAGGAC